GAUUUCACGUAGUGAUGAGAUUCAGGAAAAUACUAUGAGGCAGCUGAUGGUGAUUUCCAGCAGAGAAUUUUGCUGAGUGUUUUCAACAGUGGAUGAGAUCCUGGGAGAACUGUGAGGUCCCAGGGCACCUACUUGGAAGUAGACUCGGAUGUCAUUGUCCUAUGUCCAGUGUUUCCUGUAUCUGAUAUCUACUUCAGUAAAUGUCUCUUUUUAUAGUACCUGGCUGGAUACUUUCCCGACAGACUUUGUAGGCCAUGACCUUCUGGAUUAAAUCAGACUUUAAAAGAGCUGUUUGCUUGGAAUCUCUUACUGUUUUGGAGCCCUCUCUUGCAUCAGAACUCCCUUCUAAUGAUCCUCUGAGUGUCAUCUCAGGACCUUGGUCACACUCAUGGCACGAUGGCCAGCCCUCAGGAGCACCUGAGCUCCUCCCCUUCUCCACACUUACCCUUGAGUGAAAACAGAGUUUUCAGUGGACCACAAGAUGAACUCACAGCUAUGGGGAACCACCCUUCACCCAAGCUCCAUGAGGACCACCAGGAAAAGGUGGUGGGGCAAACAGAGCUAGUGGAGAGCACAAACAGCCCCAUCACCACCACAGUGCUGACAAGCAUGAGUGAGGAUUCCAGGGACCAGUUUGAGAACAGUGUUCUUCAGCUAAGGGAGCAAGAUGAAUCAGAGAUGGCUGUGUCUCAGGGAAACAACAAUACCGUGGAUGGAGAAAACAUGAGUGGAACAGAAGACAUCAAGAUUCAGUUCAGCCGGUCGGGCGGUGGCAGUGGUGGGUUUCUUGAAGGGCUCUUUGGAUGCUUAAGACCUGUAUGGAAUAUCAUUGGGAAGGCAUAUUCUACUGAUUACAAAUUGCAGCAGCAAGAUACUUGGGAAGUGCCAUUUGAGGAGAUCUCAGAGCUGCAGUGGCUGGGUAGUGGAGCCCAAGGAGCUGUCUUCUUGGGCAAAUUCCGAGCAGAAGAGGUGGCCAUCAAGAAAGUGAGAGAACAGAAUGAGACGGAUAUCAAGCAUUUGAGGAAGUUGAAGCACCCUAACAUCAUCGCAUUCAAGGGUGUUUGUACUCAGGCCCCAUGUUAUUGUAUCAUCAUGGAGUACUGUGCCCACGGACAACUCUACGAGGUCUUGAGAGCUGGCAGGAAGAUCACACCUCGAUUGCUGGUAGACUGGUCCACAGGAAUUGCAAGUGGAAUGAAUUAUUUGCACCUCCAUAAGAUUAUUCAUCGUGAUCUCAAAUCACCCAAUGUCUUGGUGACUCAUACAGAUGCAGUAAAAAUUUCAGAUUUUGGUACAUCUAAGGAACUCAGUGAUAAAAGUACCAAGAUGUCCUUCGCUGGCACAGUUGCAUGGAUGGCACCAGAGGUGAUACGGAAUGAGCCUGUCUCUGAAAAAGUUGAUAUAUGGUCCUUUGGAGUCGUCCUUUGGGAGCUGCUGACGGGGGAGAUCCCUUACAAAGAUGUCGAUUCUUCAGCCAUUAUUUGGGGUGUUGGAAGCAAUAGCCUACACCUUCCAGUUCCUUCCACUUGCCCUGAUGGAUUCAAAAUCCUCAUGAAACAGACAUGGCAAAGUAAACCUCGCAACCGACCUUCUUUUCGGCAGACACUCAUGCAUUUAGACAUCGCAUCUGCAGACGUGCUUGCAACCCCGCAAGAGACUUACUUCAAGUCUCAGGCUGAAUGGAGAGAAGAAGUGAAAAAACACUUCGAAAAGAUCAAAAGUGAAGGAACUUGUAUACACCGCUUGGAUGAAGAACUGAUUCGAAGGCGCAGAGAGGAGCUCAGGCAUGCUUUGGAUAUUCGUGAACACUAUGAGAGAAAGCUUGAGAGGGCUAAUAAUUUAUACAUGGAACUGAGUGCCAUCAUGCUGCAGCUAGAAAUGCGGGAGAAGGAGCUCAUUAAGCGCGAGCAAGCUGUGGAAAAGAAAUACCCUGGGACCUACAAACGACACCCUGUCCGUCCAAUAAUUCACCCCAAUGCCAUGGAGAAACUCAUGAAAAGGAAAGGUGUGCCCCACAAACCUGGGAUGCAGACCAAACGGCCAGAUCUGUUGAAAUCUGAAGGCAUCCCCAGUACAGAAGUGGCUCCCACUGCAUCUCCUUUGUCAGGAAGUCCCAAAAUGUCCACCUCAAGCAGUAAGAGCCGAUAUCGAUGCAAACCUCGCCACCGCCGGGGGAAUAGCAGGGGCAGCCAUAGUGACUUUGCAGCAAUCCUGAAAAACCAACCGGCUCAGGAAAAUUCACCCCAUCCUACCCACCUACACCAAGCUGAAUCCCAGUACCCUCCUCUCCAUCACCAUAAUCUGCAUCAGCAAUACCAGCAACCCCCUCCUGCCAUGUCUCAGAGUCACCAUCCCAGCCUCACCAUGCACGGACAGGACAUUGCAACCUGCACCAACAACCUGAGGUACUUUGGCCCAGCAGCAGCCCUGCGGAGCCCACUCAGUAACCAUGCUCAGAGACAGAUGCCUGGCUCGAGCCCCGACCUCAUCUCUACAGCCAUGGCAGCAGAUUGCUGGAGAAGUCCUGAGCCAGACAGAAAUCAAGUUGACACCUGGGGCUGUUGUCCAGCUGACCCUUAUGACCCUUGCCUCCAGUGCAGGCCAGAACAGUCUGGGUCUUUGGACAUACCUUCUGCUGAGCCAGUUGGGAGGAGCCCUGACCUUUCCAAGUCACCAGCACACAAUCCCCUCUCAGAAAAUGCCCAGAGUUCUGAGAAAACAGAAGAAGAUGAAUUCAACAGCUGUAGGACUGCGUCAUCCCUUGGCACCCCUCAUCACAUCACUCCCCCAGUACUACCUCGUAAAACAAGGCCCCUUCAGAAGAGUGGAGAUGACUCCUCAGAAGAGGAAGAAGGGGAAGUAGACAGUGAAGUUGAAUUUCCACGAAGACAGAGGCCCCACCGCUGCAUCAGCAGCUGCCAGUCGUACUCGACCUUCAGCUCUGAGAACUUCUCCGUGUCUGAUGGGGAGGAGGGAAAUACCAGUGACCACUCCAACAGUCCUGAUGAGUUAGCUGAGAAACUUGAAGACCGCCUGGCAGAGAAGCUAGACGACCUGCUGUCCCAGACGCCGGAGAUCCCCAUUGAGAUAUCCUCACACUCAGACGGGCUCUCUGACAAGGAGUGUGCCGUGCGCCGCGUGAAGACACAGAUGUCUCUGGGCAAGCUGUGCGCCGAGGAGCGUGGCUACGAGAAUCCUAUGCAGUUUGAAGAAUCGGACUGUGACUCUUCCGAGGGGGAGUGUUCUGAUGCCACAGUUAGGACCAAUAAACACUACAGCUCUGCUACCUGGUAAUGAAGGAGUACACAUCCUGAAGAUCUCAUAACUGUACUGGCAUUUCAAAUCCACCCAACCCCAGACUCUUCCCACUCUCUACCUGCUUUAUGUCUGGGAAGGGAACUGCCCCAUCUUUACUCCCCCUAGAAAUGAGCUGCAAUAACAGGAACAUGAGACUUCGCAAAUCUCUGGAAAAAAAAUAUCCAAAUGAAAUUAAGUCUCACUGAACAUUUCAAUCAAGAAUGGCAGGGAUCUAUUUUAUUGAAUAUUCUAGCUACUGUAACAUUAAUAUUUAUUUUUGUUUGACAUUUUAACACUUUGUACUGUAAAGAGUGAACUAUAUAUGAUAUAGAGAGAGAUACAAUAAUUUCUUGCAAAAAAAAGAAAAGAAAGAAAAGAAAAAAAGAAGUGAAAUUUAGAAGCAACAUCCUUGGGAAAUUGUGGGAAUGGGAGGCAUCAUUGCUGCUUGACUAGGGGACCAGGUCUUUUGGCCAUAAGUGACUGAAGAAGAGUCAGGGCAAGACACAUUGAGCACUUAGAACACAAACAACAGCAAAAGAGAAGCAAUUCCAGGCAACUUGUGAACAGACCGCAUUAAGUUCAACCAUAUUGUGCAGGUGGGUGAUGGAAAUAUCCUUAAAAGGUUUGGUGACCAGAUACUUGCACCCAGGGUCUUUGAGGACAUGUACUUCCUCUAGGAGGAAAAAACGACAACAAACUGUAUAUGCGGAAGCUGAUUUCAUAUUUAAAAUUUUAAGCAGCAUUUGAUAGUGAAGCUUACAGAUAGCGUCAAACCUUGUCCUUGACAAAUACUUCCCUUUUUAAUGCUGUCAUUGUCAUUACUGUGACAAAUGUGUUGUUACCUUGACCGCUGUGUUGAUCUUGCAGACUCAAGUGCCAUUUUCUUGUAGCUUAUUUCCUUUCCACCUGCUGACCUUUAGGAAAAACUGUGCUGGGAGAAGAAAAGAGUAAGAGAAAAGGAAAAUCUAUAACAGUGUUAGAAAAAAUGAAUGUGGAAGUUUUAAAAAUACAUUCUCAGGAUGGCCCAGUUCAGCUACUUGGAGAAGAUGAGAUUGCCCCUCUGCGAACCAGGUUACUUAUCUGCUUUAGUCGUAUUGAUUCAAACAGGAGAACAGACUGUGAAGGCAGCUAGGAUGUACGUGUGUGUGUGUCCGGUGCCCAGUCCCAAACCAUCCCCUUGUUUUUAUUCAUUAACUUAUUCUAUCCUGGAAACUUUAGUGACUGGCUACCACUGUCAGAAUAAAGGCAAAACGAGCAACUUCCAAAAGGCAAUUCCUUUCCCAGCAUAAUAGCAUUUUUGUUAAACGCUACUUACAAAAUAACUUUUAUUUCACUCCAAAUCAAUAAGGUUUUGAAUAAUUGGAUUUAGAAAUUUGUAGAAAGAACCAGUGAUGUUGAGCAAGGAUUGGAAAGAGUUUUACACUGUCAAAAGCAUGAGGUCCUUCCUGUCUCCAGGAUCAUGGGUUCUGAAAAGCAUCCCAAGGUACUUCAUGGUACCUUGGCUUUAAGGAAAACUGUAUGUAGAAUUUUAUAUACAAACAGAUGUUGACCUAGUUCCUGUCUGUGUCUCCAAGAUAGGUUACUAUGAAACAACCCUUCGAUUCGCUAGACUCUCACUGCCUCAUGUUGAACGUUAGGAAAGAUGCGCUCCAACAGCUACUAAACCAUUUCCAGUGCAGAUGAAAAUGCUGCCCCUCCUCUGGGUUUCACUAAUUACAUCAGCCAAAAAGGAAAAGCAGGAGGGAAUUUAGAGCAGUUCCUUUCUCUUGUUUGAUCCCUCCAGUUGUUUACACUUUAUGUUGAGACAUUGAUUUUAAAAUUUAUUGUCUAUGAUUUAUAGCUCUUAGGUAGAAUGAAGGAAAACGUUUAACUUAUACAGAAAGCAGUAUUGUUUGCAUUAAAUUAUUCCAUUUUGUAUAAAUCCUGUAGCUGGACUACAUGAAAGGUCUUAAGUUAUGGCAUUAUUAUCAUUGUUAUUUUAUUUUAUAAUAUUACCAUUCUCAUUUUCUGU